UUGAAUAUAAAAUGAGUAAAUAAGAGAAUCGCAAUUAGUUCCUCUCUUUCAUCCUUGCAAGAUUCUUGUGGCUGCAGAAAAAUAUCAGUUUAAAAAAUAAAUGGCUCCUGAUUCUAAAACGCAUCAUAAUGAUGCCUUGCUGAAUGAUGAAAACAGUGAACAAUCUGAUGGAAAGAAAUUCAAAGCAAGAGUUCAGUGGCCAAAUGUUGGUGUUAAUGCUUUUAUUCAUGCCGGUUUUUUCGUUGGACUAUACUAUUUGCUCACAUUGAGACCUCUCGGUUUGACUUAUUUGUGGUUUUUCGCGAUUACUGUUCUUUGCAACCUAAGUGUUACUAUCGGAGUUCAUCGAUUAUGGUCACAUAGAUCAUUCAAAUGCAACAGGACUUUAAAGCUUAUCUUGAUGUUUUUCUAUACCAUGGCUGGACAGACCUCGAUUUUCCAUUGGGUUCAAAUUCAUCGUGUCCACCACAAGUUCAGUGAAACAAUCAAGGAUCCAUUAGAUUUUAACCGAGGAUUCUUUUUCGCACAUGUUGGAUGGUACUGUUUAUCAUAUCACCCAGAAUGUGAGAAAGAAAUGAAGAGAAUCGAUAUGGAUGAUAUAAAGAGUGAUAAGGACAUAAUGUUUCAGUACAAAUAUUAUGAUGUACUAUUUACAAUCCUUAACAUUGUGUCAGUAUUGAUUCCAUGGUAUUUCUGGAACGAGUCAUUAGUCGUCGCUUUCUGGACAUGCUUUGUCAGCCGUUUUGCAAUAAACUUCACACAACUUAACUUUACGAACAGUGCAAAUCAUUUCUUCGGUACACGACCUUACGAUAAAGCACAAUCAGCCACAGACAAUAUUGCAUGCACGCUAUUUUCAUUUGGAGAAGGAUACCACAACUAUCAUCAUGUCUUCCCAUAUGAUUACCAUGGAGCUGAAUUCGGAGACUUGGGACAUUACAAUUUAUCAGCAUUCCUUAUUGACUUCUUUGCUACUAUUGGAUGGGCUCAUGAUAGAAAGAAGGUUUCAGAAGAUAUGAUCAAAAGACGUGUUUUGAGAACUGGUGAUGGUACACACUUUUUGGCACAUGAAGAAGCACACAAGACUUCUAUUUACGGAUAUGGCGAUAAGGACAUUGAACCAGAAGAUCAAGCUGAACUUGAAAAUAUGACUGAUUAAAUUUUAUUUCAAAAAAGUCAUCAGAUUAUUAAAAGCAUGAUAAAAAAAGAAUAUUGAUAAUUUUGAGACUUGUCAUUUCUCGAUUUAUUGCGAAAUUAAUUUGGCAUUCUGAAAAAUUAUUUUUUUAUAUCUCUCUAUGUAACUUCUAAAGUUUGGAUUCCUAAAAUUUUUAAUAUUUUAAAUUCUAAUAUCUCAAUAAAAUAUUAACAUAACUGGAAAUUCAGGAAUUAUUCAAUAA